CAAAAAAAUUUCCAUGACAUAUACUAUAUGCUAAGAGUCAUGUAUGUAUAUACUGAAAUUUGUAUGUUGAGUAAUUUAUUAUUUUAGAGAUAAAUACUGUUAUUAAUAAAUGGGACGAGUGAAUUACAUUUCCAAAGUCUUUUUUUUUUCCUUAAAAGAAGGUACAAUCAUACCGAUACUGCAUGUCGUAGAAGAUAUAUCAGUUGUCCCUACUGAAGAGUGCAGGCGAAUUUACAGCAAACUAUAUGAUAGAUCAAUAUCAAGUGGAAUUACUGAAGAUUUUAUCUGUGCUGGAUUACCCAAAGGUAGUAAAGAUGCUUGCCAGAGUGAUUCUGGCGGACCUUUGAUGUACAAGAACAACUACCAGAAUCUGCAUUUCUAUCAAUCAGAUAUUCCAUGGAUUCUGGUUGGUAUUGCAUCUUUUGGAUUCCUAUGUGGAGAGCCAGGAUAUCCUGGAGUCUAUACACGGGUAUCAAAUUAUAUGGACUGGAUUGAAAAUAAAAUAAACAUGUAAUUUUGUUGUUAUUCAGUAAUAAAUAUUUGUGUAUAACUA